CACUUUUCCGGACGCAAAUGUAGCACUUGGCUAAUAAACAAUAAAGAGGUAUUGCAACUUUAACGUACUUUCAGUUUUCAACGCUUCUACAAGGUUCUAACUUUCUCUUCAUCACAACUACAUGCAAAGACAUCUAGUUUUAUUUGUUCAUAAGACUGUUUGUGUGGGUCGACAACAGUGUGGUUUACUUGUUGGACGUCAGCAGCUCUCCAAACUGUGCAGAGCCUUCCACGUCUCUUUGUACACCGAACAGCUUCCCUCCCUUCCUUAUUCAUUACAACUUUCAUGGCAAACUAGUCCAUUUACCUCAGUAUUCCACAAACAAGGCCUUCAUCAAAGGGUUCUUCCCUGGUUUUUCCUGCAGCGUCAUUUAUCUAACCAGCCCGAUAUGUCGGAGCAGAGGUUCAUUGUGGAGUAUGCCAAACGCGGCACGGCGGGAUGUAAGAAAUGCAAGGACAAAAUCCAGAAGGGCAUCGURCGCAUAGGGAAGAUCGUGCCGAACCCUUUCAGCGAGUCUGCGGGGGAGAUGAAGGAGUGGUAUCACGUGAAGUGCAUAUUUGAGAAGCUGGAAAGGGCAAGAGCCACUACAAAGAAGAUCGAAGACCUCACAGAACUGGAGGGCUGGGAGGAGCUGCAGGAUGAAGACAAAGAUCUCAUUAUUAAACAUGUUUCAGAYCUGAUGGCCAAAGUCAAUGCGAGUCCAAAAAAAAAGGUUCAGGCCAAACUGAACACSACGGGUCAGCUGAUGCCUCCUCCCGCUGACCCAACUGUCAACGCUCCACGCAAGUUCUCAGGCUUCACAGCUGCGAAGGCCGGCAGCUCCAGCAGCCCCGGACCAUCCUCAUCCCCGUCCUCCUCGCCCCCCGYUAAAGGCAGCCCCCUCUCCGAGCAGCUCUGUGACCCCCAGCACAAGGACUGCCUCUUCAGGGAGUUUCGUAAGCUCUGCGCCACGGUGGCUGAAAACAACAGCUACAACACCAAGACUCAGAUCAUAGAGAAGUUCCUGAAGAAAGGCACAGGAGGAGACAAGUUCCAUGGAGAUCUUUACCUGACCGUGAAGCUGCUGCUGCCGGGUGUCGUAAAAAGCGUUUACAACCUCAACGACAAACAGAUUGUAAAACUCUUCAGCCGCAUUUUCCGGUGCAACCAGGACGACAUGGUGCGAGACCUGGAGCAGGGCGACGUGUCCGAGACAGUGAGGAUGUUCUUUGACGACAGUAAAGCUUUUCCUCCUGCUGCCAAGAGCCUCCUUACAAUCCAGGAAGUAGACUCGUCCCUGACCCGCCUCGCUCAGCUGACGAAGGAGGAUGAGCAGCAGACUGAGCUGGAGGCGAUUGCCAAAAAAUGCACCAGCAAUGACCUGAAAUGCAUCAUCAGGCUCAUUAAGCACGACUUGAAGAUGAACGCUGGGGCAAAACAUGUUUUGGAUGCCGUGGAUCCAAACGCAUACGAUGCGUUCAAGGCCUCCCGUAACCUGAGCGACGUGGUCGAGCGGGUUCUGAGGAACCAGCAGGAGGCAUCYGGCGGUUCAGGACCCAGGAAACUCCUGACUGUGGAGGCCUCGCUCAUGACCCCCGUCCAGCCCAUGCUGGCCGAGGCGUGCAAAUCCAUCGAAUACGCCAUGAAGAAAUGCCCCAACGGGAUGUACUCCGAGAUCAAAUACGACGGCGAGCGCGUGCAGGUCCACAAGAACGGAAACACGUUCAGCUACUUCAGCCGCAGCCUCAAACCGGUCCUGCCUCACAAAGUGGCUCAUUUCAAAGAGUACAUCCCUCAGGCGUUUCCUGGUGGCCACAGCAUGAUUCUAGAUGCUGAAGUGCUUCUAAUCGACACAAAGACCAGCAAACCGCUGCCGUUUGGGACCCUGGGCGUGCACAAGAAAGCAGCCUUUCAAGACGCCAACGUUUGCCUUUUCGUGUUUGACUGCAUCUACUUCAACGGUGUGAGUCUGAUGGAAAGACCUCUGAGUGAACGCAGAAAGUUCCUGGAUGACAACAUGGUUGAAGUUCCCAACAGGAUCCUGUUCUCCGAAAUGAAAUACGUCAAGAGGGCAGCAGAUCUGGCUGACAUGAUAACUCGUGUCAUCAGAGAAGGACUUGAAGGCCUGGUGCUGAAAGACAUAAAGGGCAACUAUGAGCCGGGGAAACGCCACUGGCUGAAAGUUAAGAAGGAUUAUUUAAACGAAGGAGCGAUGGCCGACACAGCGGACCUGGUGGUGCUGGGAGCGUUUUACGGGAAAGGCUCAAACGGGGGCAUCAUGUCCAGUUUCCUCAUGGGCUGCUACGACCCCGACGCCAAGAAGUGGUGCACAGUCACCAAGUGCUCCGGAGGCUACGAUGACGCCAUGCUGGCCCGGCUCCAGAAGGAGCUGGACGUGAUCAAAAUCAGCAAGGAACCCAGCAAAAUCCCCAGCUGGUUGAAAAUCAUCAAGAACUAUUAUCCUGACUUUAUUAUCCGAGAUCCAGAGCAAGCGCCGGUCUGGGAGAUCACCGGCGCCGAGUUCUCCAAAUCCGAGAUGCACACCGCCGACGGCAUCUCCAUCCGUUUCCCCCGCAUGACGCGAAUCCGCGACGACAAGGACUGGAAGACCGCCACCAACCUGCACCAGCUCAAGGAGCUGUUCAGAAUAUCCAAGGAGCACUGCGACUUUAAAGUGACCGCCGGUCCGUCGGGGUCCAACGAUGACAAAGGGUCAUCCGGCGGCGACAGCGGGGGAAGCUCGCCGUCGCCCAAAAGGAAGCCUCCAGCUAAGAAAACAAGUAACACCACGCCGGCCAGACCAAAGGCGGCGAAAUCAGAGUCUCGCACUCCCAGCUCCGAGGCGCCCAGCGCCAAGAAGGUGAAGAAGAGCGAACCCAGUGCUCACAGCAACGGAGAAAACAAACCAAAGGCAACGUCUCAACUGAUGGAACCGAGGAAUGACAAGACGCUGCUGGACAUCUUCAGCGGGGUGAAGCUCUUCCUGCCCGUCUCGGCGCAGGACUUCCACCGGCUGAGGCGGUACUUCGUGGCUUACGACGGAGACCUGGUGCCGGACUACGACGCCGCCUCAGCCACGCACACCCUGGCCGAACCCGCGGAGGACAGCAGGGCCCAGAAGGUCUCGUCCAGCUGGAUCUGGGAGUGCAUUCGAAAGAGACGCGUGGUGCCUCCCUGUUGACGAGACAAAUAAAUGAACUGAAAACUCAUCUUCAAACAUACAGAACACCCGUCUUAUCAGCCAACACUGGUCUCAGGUUGUUUUUAUUUAUGCUUUUUUGGGUAAAACAGUGGAAUCCUUUCUUAAAACUAAACAUGAGUUUACGCUUUUUAAUGAGCACUACUUUUUAACUACAGGAGCAAAACAUCCAAUAAAUACGUCUGCAACCACAUGCAGCAGAAAGGUAA